AUGAAGUGGGAGUCGUUCCUUUUGACAGCCAUCGCCGCUGGCUCGGCCAUGGCUGGAGCACAUCACGCACACGAGCAUGCUCAUCGCCCUCAGCAUCUUGCUCAGAAUGCAGGAUUGAAGGCUAGACAGUUUGACGCCCAUGCCCACCCAGCGUUCAGCACCAAGACUAUCGUCAACCUCGACGUUGUCACCAUGUACACCACUAUCACGCGACAUCAUCCUGCUCCCCAGCCAACCACCACCACCGUGGCAGCCGCGGAGACUUCCACUGCUGAAAGCCAACCGCUAGCAAGUGUCAACCUUGACGUCUCUGUGCACCUUCUGGAUAUUUUUCCGGCCACCACCAGCCCAGCCACUACGUUUAGUACUAGCACAAGGACGAGCACUAGCACCAGCAGCGCCACGACGUCUGCUACGACCAGCAACUCCGGCAACAGCGCCAGCUGGACCUCCACCCCUUCAAAUGGCGUGUACUCGACCUCUGGAUUCGGCAAACGCACCAACUCCUCCGGCUCGGGGAUCGAGUAUACCGGCAACGUCGGCAGCCCUUGGGGCAGCAACAUCAUCGAGGUGACCGCCUCCACAGCCUCGCAAUACAAGUACGUCGUGCAGUUCACAGGCAGCAACACCGACAACUGGUUUGUCUCGAUCUGGAACAAGAUGGGCCCUGACGGCAAGUUGGACGGGUGGUACGGCCACUCGGCGCUCAACUUCACCCUUGGGGCUGGCGAGACCAAGUACGUUGCCUUUGAUGAGAACUCACAGGGUGGAUGGGGUGCCGCUGCAGGGGACUCGCUGCCGACGGACGAGUACGGCGGUUACGCCUGUACCUGGGGCGAAUUCGAUUUCGGGGACACCGAUAAUUCUGAAUGGUCUGGGUGGGAUGUGUCUGCCAUCCAGGCGCAGAAGGCGGGACUGACGGUGCAGGGGAUGAGGAUCUGUGAUUAUAAGGGCGAUGACUGCUCGUAUAUCACAACUGAUGCCGCCAAGGUGGAGAAUGCGUACACGGCGGCCAAGGCGUCUGUUGAUGGUAUCGGGGGUAGUGUGAGUGCCGGUGCGGUGAGGUUAGCAGUUGAGGUGGAUUACAGUGGUUGA